AUGCCGGAAGUACUGCAAGAAGAGAAGAGCGCGCAGCAAUUGCGUCGUGAAGAAGAUCGUAAAGAAUGGGAUGCCUAUUGGCAUAUUCGGGAACUGGACAGCAGAGGGACCUAUUACCCGCGAAUGAAAUACUACGCUCAUCGUUUUUUCGAUUACCCAGCCAGCUGGUUUCGGGAGAAUAUUGUUGAGCCUUUGCAUGACAAGCACCGAUUGCCUUAUUACCAUCGCAAAUUGGAUCGUGUCGCGAACAUUGAUCAAUGUGGUGUGAAUGACAAGGCAUGCUUUUACGAAGCGAAUGAACAGUUCAGACUUGAUAAAAUGGUGGAUGGCUAUAUACUGCAAAUACUGCGUGGUCGAGUCGAAAGAUGCAUCAAUUACAACGCACCCAAUUAUUCACCUUGCGUUAAAGUUAUCGAAGAUCUAGAAGAGAGCGAAUUGAAUUUCUUUAUAAAAUACGGUGAAUUGGGAUCGGAAGCAGAUGUACGUGAUGCAUACAUGAAGCAGAAACAUCGCAUGAUUUGGGAAAGAAGACAUCCGGAAAUUAUGGCAGAACGGGAGAUUGCUCUUAAGGAACACAAAGAGAAGCUGUCGAAGGGUGAGUUCGAUUAUUCGUUCUGGAAGAAGGGCAUGUUCUACGAAGACAAGAAGAAUUACGAACCGCCAUACGAGAACUAUCUGAGCAAGAGCACGAUUGAGGGUGAUAAGCCUCUGUCGAAGGAUUGGCAGUAUUACAAGAAGCUGAGUGAGGAUGAAAACUUCGAUAAAGAGCAAGGCAAAACGAGUGACUUUAAGUUGUUCUAG